AUGUUCUCCGUCAUCCUCCCCAGCAGGCCCUGCCUCACUGACGUCGUCCCGCUCUCGUCAGACCCCACAGUCCCCGCAAACAACUUCGCAUUCACAUUUCCCGCCCUCCCCAAGUUCUCCCACAUAGUCAUCUUCCUUCUUCCAGGCGUUGUCUUACCGGCUGACACCGCAGCAGCAGUAUACGUCCAAUUCCCCAAAGACCUCAUCCUCAACCCCAACACCGGAACCGCUGCCCCUCCCCUCUCAUCGUCCGCCACCAAUGCGGACCCGGAAUUUAAGUUCCUAGGCGCAAUUGCCAAUGAGAAGCCAUCCGCAAUCUUCAAAGUCAACUUCCCUUCCGCGCGGCGACGUACUGAGGCUGAAGAAGAAGAUGAUAUGAUGGAUGAAGGCACUAGUGUCACUCCUGCCAACACAGUGGAUAUAAACCCCAACGCUACAAUCACACUGGGCAUCACCAUCGAACCCGUGCAGGCCGUUGCAUCAAAGAUCGCAGACCUCCAGAACCAGACUCAGAACCAGAUCCAGCUGCAGAUGUCGUCGUUCCCGUCCACAACGGACCUACUCAAAUUGUCCACAGGACAACAGGGUGCAGCGAUGGCUAAGUGGGCACCAUCAUCAGUCUCAGCAAAAACCCUCGCAAAGCAGAUUAUUGGAAAUGCAUUUAACUAUUUGGCUAGCUUUGCAGUUUCAGACCCUAGGGUGCCAGGUGAGGAGGUUGUGCCAUUAAGAGUGUUUAGAGAUUGGUGGGCAAAGUUUGAAAAUAGGAUUGAUGCAGACCCUGGGUUUUUGGAGAGGGUGGAUGCUCCCUAG